GAUCUUCCCCGUUUCUUCAGUCAGAUAACACCCGAACUCAUUGCGUUAUCGUAAGAAAGGAUGGUGGCUCCGAAGACAAGCGUGGCCUCUGCAGCCACCGCUGCCGCCGCCGCCAUCCACCCUCCUCUCAACUCCCAAAAGCUCUUGCGACGCGCAGUCCCGAACCGCGCAUUCGCCCUUGCUUACGCUUGUGCCAUCCUAGCCCUAUUCUAUCACCAUGUGGAAACUCUCCUCCACCCCGCCACCGCAGGCCACGCCGUCGCCGCCCUCCUCUUGCUUCUCGCCGACGCGGUCCUUGCCUUCAUGUGGAGCACUUCCCAGUCCUUCCGGAUGUACCCGACCCGCAACGAGGAGUUCCCAGAGAACCUCGAGAAGGUGGUGGCGGGGGCCAUGGGCCUCCCGGCGAUGGACAUGUUCAUAUGCACGGCGGACCCCUACAAGGAGCCGCCGAUGGGGGUGGUGAACACGGCGCUGUCGGUGAUGGCGUACGAGUACCCGGCAGAGAAGUUGUCGGUGUAUGUCUCCGAUGACGGCGGGUCUGAGCUGACGCUGUUCGCGUUCAUGGAGGCGGCGAGGUUUGCCGGCCACUGGCUGCCGUUUUGCAGGGAGAGGAGUCUGGUGGAGCGCAGCCCGGAGGCUUACUUCGCGUCCAAUCAUUGUGGUGGCGCUGAAAUUGAUAAGAUUAAGAUGAUGUACGAGAGCAUGAAGGUGCGGGUUGAGCAAGUGGUAGAGAGAGGGAAAGUUGGGGAAGAGUUCAUCGACGGAGAUCGCGAGCGUCGAGCUCUUAGCAAGUGGACAGAUGACUUCACCCGCCAAAAUCAUCCUGCGGUCAUUGAGGUUUUGCUAGACAAAAGCAGAGACAGAGACCUUGCCGGAAAUGUGAUGCCCAAUCUCAUCUACCUCUCCAGGGAGAAGAGCAAGAACGUGCCCCACCAUUUUAAGGCUGGUGCCCUCAAUGCCCUGCUCCGCGUGUCGGCGGUCAUGACCAAUGCGCCCAUAAUUCUGACCCUGGACUGUGACAUGUGCUCGAACGACCCCGAAACACCUCGCCGGGCGUUGUGCUACUUAGCUGACCCCUCGACGGAUCAGUCCCAACUUGGGUAUGUUCAGUUUCCCCAACGCUACCAAGGGAUCAAUGAAGGCGACAUAUACGGCGGCGAUUUCAAGCGCUUGUUCCAAAUCAACCCAGCUGGAAUGAAGAACGGUCCAUGUUACGUCGGGACCGGGUGCUUCUUCCGGCGGCGGAGCCUCUUCGGCGCUCCUUCGGCUAUCGUGCUGCCAGAGAUCCCGGAAUUGAGUCCCGAGCACAUUCCGAAGGGUUCGAUUCGGUCGGAAGAGACGUUGGCAUUGGCACAAAAGGUGGCCGGAUGCAAGUAUGAGGACAACGCAAUUACAAACUGGGGCCACAAGGUGGGCUUUAGAUAUGGAUCACUUGUGGAGGACUACAACACAGGCUACAUGCUUCAAUGCGAGGGGUGGAGAUCAGCUUUCUGCCACCCUAAGAGGGCGGCGUUUCUAGGGGACGCGCCGAUUUGCCUCAUCGACGUGGUCAACCAGAACAAGAGAUGGGCCGUCGGGCUUCUCGAGGUGGGCUUUUCUAAGUUCAGCCCGGUCACGUACGGCAUCCGGUCCAUGGGCCUCCUCAUGGGCCUCUCAUACGCGCACUACGCGUUCUGGCCCCUGUGGUCCAUCCCCAUCACCAUCUAUGCCUUCCUCCCUCAGAUUGCUCUUAUCAAUGGACUCUCAAUCUUCCCCAAGGUCUCGGAACCAUGGUUCCUCCUAUACAUUUUCCUCUUCCUCGGAGCCUACGCCCAAGACCUGGCCGACUUCGUCUUAGCCGGCCACAACGGGACCUUCCGGCGGUGGUGGAAUGACCAGCGGAUGUGUCUGAUACGCGGCCUGACAAGCUACGUGUUCGGCGCCAUCGAGUUAGCUCUCAAGUCCCUAGGCAUCGCCGCGCAUGGGUUCAACGUCACGAGCAAGGUCCUCGACGACGAGCAGAGCAAGAAGUACGAGCAAGGGCUUUUCGAGUUUGGGGCCGUGUCGCCGAUGUUCGUGGUGCUGGCGCUGGCGGCGAUCUUCAACUUGGUGUCCCUCGUGCAGGGUCUGAUGGUGGUUGUUGCGAGGAGGAGCGACGUCGAUGCUGUGCAAGGGUUGGUGUUGCAGAUCUUGUUGGCCGGUUUCGGGGUCGUGAAUGGUUGGCCGAUUUACGAAGCCAUGUUUAUAAGGAGUGACAAGGGAAGGAUGCCCACCAAGGUUACGUUGGUCUCGGCGUGCAUAGCGUCUCUUAUUUAUACUGUAGUUUCUCUCGCAUGAGAGAUGAAAGGGACAUAUGUGGUUCUUUUUAAAAUAUUUCUUGUUAGGCAAAGUAUAUCCAUCAUAGAUAUCUAAGUUGGUACUUUCCAUAUCGAGAUAUACUCUAUUUAUACAUUUAUGUAUAGAUAGAUAUAUGUUGAAUCAAAUUUUACUCGAUUUUCGUCAA